AUGCUCCGAAAUCUCAUCCGCACAGCACAAACAACCCCACGAACCCCCCUCUACGGACGCAUCCUCACCCGCUCCCUCCGAAUCCAGGGCCAGGCCACCCCCGAGACGGAACUCGAACUCGACCGCCAAACCCUCCACCCAGAAAGAGCCGAAAACACCCAGUCCGGGACCGAUGACGACGUCGCACAGCACACCUCCUCCUUCGACCCCUCGACCACCACCCCGGAGAUAGAAUCGCAGGCUCUCGAGGCCGAAUGCAAGCUCCACGGCGAGGUGGAUCCGCUGUUCUUCAGCGCUGCGCACCGCGAGGUGAGCGCGCUGCUGGAUCCGAAGCUGGAGGUGGCGGUGCAUACGAUUGAGCAUUUGAGUCCGAGUGCGAAGGGGUGGACGAGGAAGCAUAAGGAGGUGAGGAUCAGAAAGGUUCCUGGGCACGGGAGUAUGGAUCAGUUUGAGAGGUUGUUGAAGGGGUUGAGGGAUAUUCAGAAGAGAGGGGGGAGUGGGGGGUCGGCGGUAAUUACUUGA